AUGAUGAUGAUGAUGAUUAGUAAGUCAUUAUUGACAAAGAGGUUAAUAUCAUCUACAUCUACAUCUGCAUCCUAUUCAUCAUAUACUACAUCUUGUAUUAAAUCAAGUACAAGUUUAUUGUUUGGUGGUUAUACGUCACCUUCUACGACAGAGGUAUUGGUCGAUCAUGGACUAACAACAACUACAUCGUCAACGUCAACUUCGUCGUCGUCAAUUAUAGAUGGAGGUAGAAGAAACUAUGCAUUUGGUGGAAAGGCAUCAAGAAAGACACCUAGUCAAUUUGGACGAAAUAGUAAUAACAGAGAUAGAGGUGAAAAGAACAGACCGAAACCAGCACCAAAGAUACAGAGUGAAAAGAUUCUAACUCGAUUGGAAGAAGAACAAGAGAAAAGAUCAGAGGAAGCAUUACUCAACAAACAAAAAAGCGCUACUAGCAAAAAGAAUGAUACUGGAAAGACACGUGGAAGAGUUGGCAUAUCAUUCAAUUUAGAGGACUUUAACAAAGCUGAAAAGAGUAUCAUUGAAGAUAGAAGUAGUAACAAAAAGAAGGCAAAAAAGACUACUGAAACCAAAACCAAAACCAACAACAACAACAAUACAAUCAUUGGUAAAGUUAAUUAUGGUGAUGGAGUUGUCGCAGGAGACAAAGAUAUAAAAAAGAAAAAAGAAAAGAAAAAGGAAAAAGUUAAAGAACAAGAUUUAUUUGAUAAAGAUGAUAAUGAUGAUAAUGAUUAUACAACAACAACAACUAGUACUACUAGUAGUGGUAGUCGUGGUACAAUGUCAUCUAAUCCAUUUUCAAUUGCAUCUUUAUUAUCAUCAUCUUCAACUGCACCAACACGUAGAAAGACACCGCUGCCAGUGGAACAACCAUCGGUGGAUGGUGGUGAGGAUGGCGGCGAUGAGAUUGGACCAGAGGAAAGAAAUUUGUUGUUAAAGAAACGUGAACCACCUGUGUAUACAAACGACGGAUUGUAUGCUGCUAGAAAGGUGCUUCCAGACUUGGCAAAGAUGCGUGUUGAUAGAUGGUUGCGUAUCCAGUUUCCAGUGAUGACACACUCGCUCAUCUGCAAGUUGUUGCGAAAAGAGGUGAUCACUGCAACCGAUGAAUUCCAUCAAAAUGGAUUGGACGACGUAGCUGCCUCAGACAAGAGAGUGUUGGAACAGAGCGACAGAACCGAGGCAGGAAGCUGGAUAUACAUCCCAGCCAAAUACGCCAAAGAGCAGAGAGUGGCAGAUCGCGAGUCACCAGAGAAAUACAUUAGAUUAAGUGAUGCAGAGAUUGCAGCCAUUCGAAACAGUAUCUUGUACAAGGACGAUGAUCUCCUUGUCAUCAACAAACCACCAGGACUAUCGGUGCAAGGUGGUACAGGUCUCAAGAAGCAUUUGGAUAUGAUGCUUUCACAUCUUAAAUUCGAGGCUGAUGAAACACCCAGACUUGUCCAUCGUCUCGACAAGGACACAAGUGGUAUUCUCAUCCUCGGACGUAAUCGUACUGCCACAACAGCAAUGGCAGACAAAUUUGAACAAAAGUUGAAACGUCGAUCAGAUAGAGAAGUCAAAAAAGAAAAGAAAGAUAAAAAGGAUGAUAGCAACAAUAACAACAAUAACAACUACUCUUCGAAAAAGACAACAAAGACAACAGUAGAAGAGAUGAAAGAUGACAAUUCUAUCAUAAAGACAUAUUGGGCAUUAUUAACGAGUACACCAAACCCACGUGAGGGUCGUAUAAGAGCACCUCUCCAAAAGAUUGUUGAAAAUGGACAAGAAAAGGUAGUUGCCACCAAGGAAACUGGUAAUGGUGCUAAAUUGGCCAUCACAGAAUACCGUGUCAUUGAAAAUUCAAUGGCCGAUACAUCAUUUGUUGCAUUGUGGCCUGAAACUGGUAGAACUCAUCAACUUCGUGUCCAUUGCGCUUCUAUUUUAGGGUCACCAAUUAUUGGUGAUGUUAAAUAUGGUGGUAAAAAGAGUACUGCUCCUUUUGAGAACGUAUUUGACAAGAAUAUACCAUUACAUUUACAUGCAAGAAGAGUUCAAUUCUAUCAUCCAAUCAAUACUAAUAAGCUUGUCGAUGUCAUCGCACCGUUACCUCCAACACUUCAAGAUUCAUGGUCCAUUCUUGGUUUCAAUCCAGACACUAAAGAUAGUGAAAUUCAACAUUGA